AUGAAAACUGAAAAUUUCCUCAAGUACGGCGCUCCUUUGUACAACUUGAAAAGUACUCGCGCUCAUUCAGAAGUCCAACCGCAGAGUGUCGGCAACAGCAAUCUGAAAAACUUCACAUCUUCGUUGACAAACGAGAACUUGCGUAAUCUGUCGCAGAACCGCGGUUCCGGCUAUUCCGAUAGGGAGAGCAUCUGCAGCUUGAGCAGCGCCGGUGGUCGGAUCAAGAGGCGAUCGAGAAAUUUCUCGAUGAAGUCCUCGAAGGGCAUCAGCAAGAAGAGCAAAACGAUGGAUUAUACAAACUAUGCUUAUAACGAGGCGGUGGGUCGCCUAAAGGUAAUGUUGGCCGAUAGCUCCUAUGCGGCCACGCCCAAAAUGGUCGGUAGUGCGGCGGCCUAUUUGCGCAACUUCAACGAGGACUCAGGCGAUAAUUUCUCGGACAAUUUGUCGGUCAUUGAGCGACCCGUUUUCUCGGACAUUUCCAAGUAUUUGUCGCCCAGCCAGAAGACGCGCAUCAGCACCUAUCGUCCCAAGAAGAGCUAUGGCUCUGGCUAUCUCUCCGCUUCCAAGGAGAAUCUAGCCACGACACCGGUUCUGUAUCCAAGCAAUGUGCCAGCGCCUACUCUGCCCACGGAUAGCGUUCAAGCGCCAGUCGAGAUCUUCAAUUUUAUUGAGAAGCAGGAGGAUUACAUUGAACAGCUGGAGAAGGAGUCUAAGUACUGUCGCAACGAGCUGACAAAUUUGCUGGGUAAGGUGAAGGAUGUGAUCAACGAGAAUGAGCAUCUCACGGAGAAUGCGCGCAGCGAGCUGGCUGCACUGGGCAGUGGCACAUCCAAGCUUCCACAGAUCCCCACUACAAGCACCCCCUCCUCGGAUAGCGAUGAGCAUCUGCUCUUUGCGGCCGGCCGCAAGACACCAGGCACGCCACGCAAGAGCAACCCGAAGGUGCCAUCUCCGCGCUACGCCAGUGCGCCGAACAUUGUCUACGAGGCACGCAUCAGCGAACUGGAGGCGGAGCUGAUGCAGGCCAACAUUGAUCUGAAACGCGUCCGGGCCGAGAAUGAGGAACUGAAGCGCAAGCUGGCCCACACGGAUCCCCUCAGUGCUGUGGCCACCUUGGGCAGCGUCAACUGUGAGACGCAUCGCAAGCAGCUGGAGCUGCUGCAGCAGGAUAAAACAAACCUGGAGGAAUCUGUGCGCCAGUUACAGCGCCUGUUGGAUGAGGCCAAGUCACAGCAACACAACAGCGCUAGCUCCAAGCGAUAUAUAACUGACCUGGUGCAAAUGGAGCGCUCUCAGGCUGAGCUGGAGGUACGCCAUCUUAGGGAUGAGCUUGACAGGCAGCACGAGCGCGUCCGAGAACUGCAACAUGAGAUGGCACGACGCUUGGCCGAUGAGCGAGCGAAUGCGGAGCGCCGCUACAACAGCCAAGUGGAUCAGCUGGGCGGUGACCUGAGCAGCCAGUGGGAGCAGGUGGCCAAACUGCAGCUGGAGCUGGAGCGGCAAAAGCGCUACGAAACGGAUCUCAAACGCGAUGUGGCCAAUCGAAAUUCGCAAAUAGACGAGUUGAAGAUGGAAUUGCGCGCCAAUCGUACUACUUUCCUGGCAGACAUGGCUCAGGCCAAUGCGGAGAAGCAAUCGCUCGAGCAGGAGAUUACCGCGCUGCGCCUACAGCUAGACCGUGCUGCACGGGAGACCAAGACGGAGGCGUCUCGGCUUACGGCGGAGAUCAAUUCGCUGCGCCAACGUCUGGAUCGUGGCGAUGCGGAUCUGCUGCACUCGAAGCGCGAGGUCUUACGCCUUAACGAUGACAUUGCAAAUCUGGAGAAGGAGCUGGCUUACGGUGAGCUGAAGAACGAGAUACGACCCACCAAAAAAGAUUUGGAUAAACGCAUUUCAGAGAUGCAGGAUAAGCAUGCGGAAACGGUAAAUGAGCUCGAAGAAAUGAUAAACUCUCAGAAGCAACUCAUGGAUAAACUGACGAACGAGUGUAAAACGUUAACCGGCAAAUUAGAGGAUACAACUUAUAAGCACAAAGAGGAAAUAUCUGCUUUACAAUCGAAUCUAGAGUAUUUGUCAAAUCGCAUGUUAAGCAAUGAAGAGCAUAUGAGUAAAUUAGAUACCACACCACAUGAUUAUACUAGCUUAGGCGCAGGCAAAGCCGCGUACGACUACGAGCCGUCCACAUAUGGCACAACAAUUGAACCUAUGCAAAGCACCCCACAACUACACAACAACAACGCUGACCGCGACUACAGCAAGCCGAGUGCAAGUGCCUAUGGCUACGAUGCAUCAGCGGCAACAGCAGCAUCAGCAGCAACAGCAACAGCAGCAGCAGCAACAGUUGCCGACAGCAACGCAGCUGCUGGCGCAGCUGCAACAGCACGCAGAAGCAGCAACAGCAAUGGUAGCGCCAGCCUACUGCCCGACAGCAGCCGCAGUUAUGGACUCAACGAUAACGAUGACGAAAAUCUCAAGGACAACCUUGGCAUGGGCGAAAAGCAGCAGCAACAGCAGCAGCAACAUCAACAGCAACAACAAGAAGUGGAGCAACAACGCGAGCGACAGCGCGAACGCGAGGAGCGAGAUCGGGAGCUGCAACAGCUGCGCGAGCAACGCGAAAAGCGAGAACGGGAACGCGAGCAAACGGAACAGCAGCAGGCGCAGCUCAACCGGCGGUACAGCAAUGCCGAGCCAGAGCAACUGCAACAGCAACCACUUGGAGAUGCCAGCGUCUCCAAUGCCGACAGCGCCAAUCUCGCUGCCUACAACACAGACUACAGCGCCUACGAUCAACAGCAAUAUGAUGUCAGUGGCUAUGAUGCCAGCGCCUAUGCCCAGCAGCCAUACGAUGAUCAGCAGUAUGGCUACGAUGCCAACGCCGGCUACGACUACAGUGCCGGCGACUAUGCGCAGUCCGGAUAUCAGUAUGAUGCCUCGCCAGAUCCGCAACGGAGUACACGCGAUCGCCACCGCCGACAACGACAACAACGACGACGCCAGCGACAAGUGCCACAUCAUCAACAGCCCCUGUUGGAGUUGCCGGCGUCGGUUCUGUGCCCGUACCAACAGCGAGCCGUGCACAAUCGCGCCCGAGCAGCGGCACUGUGGGGCCAGCAGCUACAGCUGGAGGCAUCGGCGGCGGCAGAUCCGCUGUGUCACAACAGUCUGCCACGCCAGCCGCCGGCAAGAAGUAGCUGGAGUCCCGAGUCGAACGAUCGCACGCCAAUCGAUCCGCUGCAGCUGGAGUUCGGCAUUAGCAGUCCCAGUCUGAUGCGCUCCAGCGAUGCCUCCAAUCUAGAUGACGACGACUCUUGUGCCGAUUUGAGUGAAACCUUCGUCCUGCAGGCAGCGGACUCCGAUGCCAGCCUAUCACCAGCACACACCACCAUUGUCACUGUACGCCGAGCAAGUGCACCGGCGGAGGUGCAACAGGCACAGAAUCUCAACGAGACUGUAAUCAUUGAGGGGCAGCCGGAGCGGAGUAUAGGUGAAAUUGCCAACCGAAACGUCGAUUAUUGAGCGUGACUAUCGUG